AGAGCUCGCGGUUCUUUUAACAAAGUUCUCUCCACCUCCUUAGGUUGUUAGAACCGUGAAUCAUUUGCAGAGCUAGGGUUUUCUUUCUCGAUCCAAGGCUCUCGAAUCGAAUCGAAUCGAUUGAUCCUUGAGAGAUGACGAGAGAUCAGGAAAGCUGGAUCCUAAUGGCGACGGCGAGAGCUCCGACGAACAUCGCCGUGAUCAAAUACUGGGGGAAGCGAGACGAGACCCUAAUUUUACCAAUCAAUGACAGUAUAAGCGUCACUCUAGAUCCGGAUCAUCUAUCCGCGACCACGACCGUCGCAAUUAGCCCUAGAUUCGACAGCGAUCGGAUGUGGUUGAAUGGAAAGGAGAUUUCGCUCAGUGGAGGGAGGUAUCAGAAUUGUUUGAGGGAGAUUAGGAGUAGGGCUGAAGAUUUUGAGGAUGAGAAGAAGGGGGUUAAGAUUAGGAAGGAAGAUUGGGGAAAUUUUCAUGUUCACAUUGCGUCGUAUAAUAAUUUCCCGACAGCAGCUGGAUUGGCUUCCUCGGCUGCGGGUUUCGCUUGCCUUGUUUAUUCCCUUGCAAAGUUAAUGAAUGUGAAGGAUGAUCAUGGCUCUCUCUCCGCUAUUGCAAGGCAAGGUUCAGGCAGUGCAUGUCGCAGCUUAUAUGGUGGAUUUGUCAAAUGGAAAAUGGGAAGUGAUGUGAAUGGGAGCGACAGCUUAGCAGUUCAACUCACUAGUGAUACACACUGGAAAGACCUAGUUAUUAUCAUAGCAGUGGUAAGUUCACGGCAGAAAGAAACAAGUAGCACCACGGGUAUGCGUGAGAGUGUCGAGACCAGUCCUCUAUUAGAGCACAGGGCCAAGGUUAUAGUCCCUAGUCGAAUAGUGCAAAUGGAAGAAGCAAUUAAAAACCGCGAUUUUAAAUCUUUUGCACAGUUGACCUGUGCAGAUAGUAAUCAGUUUCAUGCAGUCUGUUUGGAUACUAGCCCUCCUAUAUUCUACAUGAAUGACACAUCUCACAGGUAUUAUCUCCUUGAUGUCCAUUGCAACAUAAUUGAGAAGAAUAUAACAUGGGUUACAUGACAGGUAGCUUACACCUUUGAUGCCGGGCCAAAUGCUGUCAUGAUUGCACCUAAUAGAAAAAUUGCUUCUCUUUUGCUUCAAAGGUUGCUGUUUUUCUUUCCACCACCUCCUGACACUGAAUUGAACAGUUAUGUACUAGGAGACAAAUCAAUACUGCAUGAAGCUGGGGUGGAAUCAGUAAAGGAUAUUGAAGCCUUGCAGCCUCCUCCUGAAAUAAAGGAUAAACUCCCUCAAAGAUCUGCAGGUGAUCUUAGCUACUUCAUAUGCACUAGGUCUGGAAGAGGUCCUACAGUACUUAGUGAAGAAGAACAUUCUCUGAUUAGUUCUGAAACUGGGCUUCCAAAGUGAUUCAUAUUAGAAGGUUGAGCUUAAUGCGUAAUUGUUAUUGUUGUUAUUUCUUUCCAUCUGUUCGAUGAAUAAAUUUAUAAGUUUUGCAGUAGACCAUCUAGUUCUUUGUUGAGGCAUGACCAGGGUGUUUUAACAUUAUUUUGUGUUCUCUAGUCGCAUUGUCCUUUGUUGUAUCUUUUGAGCGGUUAAAAUUGAUCUGUAAGCACUUUUUUUCUUGUUGUUGAUAGGGUAUUUGAUAUUUUAUGCUGUCUUUUCCUCUA